AUGAGAUUUUUCUUGAUCUCAGGUAUUGCGCUUUUUGCGCCAGCUACUGUUCUAGCGCAGACCUUCCAGCGCUUGGGUGGCUGUCCUACAUUAGGGUGUGUCUUCCCUCCGGACCAGGCGGACUUCCUGGCGGGACAAUACUUUGAUAUUCGACUGGAGGUGCACUCACCUGUCAAUGGUUCGGAGGCUCGGAAGGGCGAGCCGGAUCCUGACUUCAAGUUCACCAUUGCCAAGAAGGGUGAAGAGUCCCAGGCAGCGACGGAAUACUUUGAUGUUGAGGAGCCUGAACUGGAACGAUGGGAAUUUUCGUGGUAUGAGGAUCUCUUUGCAGAAGACGCAGGAAAAGCCUCCCUGGUCAACGUCACCUCCAAGGCAUACCGCAGGAUUGCCCUCAACGAGCCAGGCGAAUACGAAGCAACCCUAACCUACUACGGAGACCAAACUACAACGACCACCUGGACCGUCCGCGACCUUCCCACCAAGCGACGCACAAAGAACGUUAUCCUCUUCAUCGGCGACGGCAUGACAACCAACAUGAUCACCGCAGCUCGUCUGAUUGCCCACCGCAGCAUCAACGGCAAGUACAUGACCAAGAUGGCGAUGGACAAGUUCCCCGUCCUGGGCCACCAGAUGACCCAUUCGAUGGACUCGUUUAUUACGGAUAGCGCCAACUCUGCAACGGCGCUGUACAGCGGUCACAAGACCACCGUUAACGCAUUGGGUGUGUAUGUCGACUCUUCUGAGGAUGCCACGGAUGACCCCAAGUUCGAGAACAUCGUUGAGAUUUUCCGUCGUCGGUACCCGGAUGCUGGUGUUGGUAUUGUCUCCACGGCGUUUCUGGCGGAUGCCACACCUGCUGGAUUGAGUGCACACACGGCAGACCGGGGCGAGUAUGAGCAUGUCAUAAACGCUUUCUACGAGGGCUUGACAAACUACGAGUGGACGAAAUGGGGCGGUCCGGAUGUCCUCUUCGGUGCUGGAGCCGAGAACUUCCUCGAAAGCCAGGAUGCCUCGCGCGACUACUACAAUCUAUUCGCGGAGCAGGGAUACAACGUCCUCUGGAACAACACUGCCCUGCACGCCGCCCCGAACGACACCAGAGCCCUUGGUGUCUUCCAAACCUCGAACCUGGCCACCUGGCUUGACCGCAAUGUCUACCAAGCCAACUUGCUCAACCAGAGUAACUACCCCGACGGCUCCGGCCGUGAUGCAGAGGACCUCCCAGGCCUGAAGGACAUGACCCUAAAAGCCAUCGACGUCCUGAACGCGCGCCACGAAAAAGACGGCUGGUUCCUCAUGUCCGAAGCAGCGAGUAUCGACAAGCAAAUGCAUUCCUUAGACUACGACCGCUCCCUAGGCGAACUCCUCGAACUCGACGACACCGUCCGCGCAACGAUCGAAAAACUAGACGCUCUCGGCGAGCUCGAAGACACUCUAAUUCUCGUAACCGCAGAUCACGGCCACGGCUUCGACGUCACCGGCUCCGUCGACACAGAGUACCUCAACGCACAGACAGAUGACCGUUCCAAGCGCCGCGCAGUCGGGUACUACGAGAACUCAGGCCUCUCGCAGUACACCAUGAGCAGCGGUGGAACCAGCCUCCGCUAUUCCGAAGGCGUGCAUUUCCCAAGUCGCUGGGACCCGCGGUAUUCCCUACACGCCGGCGUGGUUGCUUUCCCGGACCAUCGUGAGAAUUACCAGGUGCAUGCAGACGGCCCGCGCAGUCCUGCAAAUGGCCCCGUGGCUAAUUACAAGGAUGCUGUGACUGGGUUCCUAGUGAACGGGACGUUGCCGUUGGAUACUGACGAGGGCGUGCACUCGUUGACGGAUGUGCCUGUCUUUGCGCAGGGGCCGUGUCAGGAGUUAUUUGGGGGGGUGUAUAACUCGGUUGAUAUUUUCUUCUAUAUGGCUGAGUGUCUUGGGUUGGCGAGUAAGGGUCCGAAAGGAGGGCGUUAA